CGCCUCGCUGUCCCCUCCCUCGCCCUCCAGCAGCUUCGCUCCGCAGCCUCUCGCUCCUGUCUCCCUCCAGAGUGGCUCUCAUUGUUCGCAAUGGAAGGACCGUCCUCUGCCGCCUCCGAGAACCCGAGGCCUCCGGGGGCGACGACCGCUGCUGAGCCGCGGCAGACCUGCUUCGCCAGCCUUUUGAACCGCGUCCGCGAAAAACUCUGCACCUGGCACAUUGUGAAAACACUUGCCCUGGGCCAGAUGCUCUCCUUGUUCAUAUGCGGGACGGCAGUUACAAGCCAGUACUUAGCUGAACGCUUUCAUGUGAACACUCCAAUGCUGCAGAGUUUCAUCAACUAUUGCUUGUUGCUUCUAGUAUAUACGACGACUCUGGCCUGUAGAAAAGAUGGCGACAGCCUCCAGAAGAUUUUGAAGGGGAAAUGGUGGAAGUACAUUCUGCUAGGGCUGGUUGAUGUUGAAGCAAACUACACUAUCGUCAAAGCCUACCAGUACACCACCUUAACAAGUGUUCAGCUCCUUGAUUGCUUUGGGAUUCCGGUGCUGAUGGCUUUAUCCUGGUUCAUCCUCCGUGCAAGAUACAAACUGAUCCAUUUCAUUGCUGUUGCUGUCUGCCUGCUGGGUGUUGGGACCAUGGUUGGGGCGGAUAUAUUAGCUGGGAGGCAAGAAAGUGAAGGAAGCAACGUGGUGAUUGGAGACGUCUUAGUCCUUCUUGGCGCCUCGUUGUAUGCCAUUUCGAAUGUGAGUGAGGAAUACAUUGUGAAAAAUCUGAGCAGAGUGGAGUUUCUAGGAAUGGUGGGCUUGUUUGGGACUAUUAUCAGCGCUCUGCAGCUAGGCAUUGUGGAACAUAAAGACAUAGCUAAUAUUCAGUGGAACUGGAAAAUUGUCUUGCUCUUUCUGGCUUUUGCCCUCUGCAUGUUUGGGUUGUACAGCUUCAUGCCGAUAGUGAUCAGAGUUACCAGUGCUACAUCUGUCAACUUGGGCAUUCUGACAGCUGACCUCUACAGCCUUUUCUUUGGACUCUUCCUGUUUGGAUACAAGUUUUCAGUGCUGUAUCUGCUCUCCUUUGCGGUCAUCAUGGUCGGAUUCGUCCUUUAUUGCUCAACACCAACGCGCACCGCAGAGGCUGCCUCGACCAGCUUGCCACUCACAGCCAGUACUGGGUUUGACAACCUUGCCUUGAAAAUUGAGGAGAACCAUCUGGAUGCAGCAGCCGUCCCACCUGCACGGCGUAACGAAGAAAGUGGGUCAGGGGAGAUGCUGGCUACUGAACUGUCAGUCUUGUGAAGCAGAGAGCCCUUGGAGGUGUGAGACUGUCCUUGAAAAUAUCAGCAAACGAGAGAGAAUGGACAUCGGACUGUGCUAGAACUGGAGAGAGACCUGUUGGGGAUUCUGUGCUCAUGUCAAGAUUUGGGAUUUCACUGCAGAAGAGUCAGGUUGAGAUCCUUCAGUUGAAUAAUCUGCAUUAAGUUACAUUCCCAGAAAAAGCCAAAAGCCGGAAAAUCUGGACUUUGAGCCAUCCGAGGAAUGACUAAUAGACACGGCAGCUGAGAGGGGGAAAACAGUCUAAUAAAUCUUUUUAGUAGGAACACAGCUGACUUUUUUUUUAAACCAACAAAUUGAUUCCAAAUAAAUUAAUGGCUUAUUUUGA